AUGUCUGGAGGUGUCGAUUCUUCUGUAACUGCAAAAAUCCUGGCAGAAAAGAAUUAUGACCUAUCGGCUGUUUUUAUGCGGAACUGGGAUACCCGAGACGAGUCUGGCUCUGACCAUGGUUGUGAGUGGGAAAAGGACUGGGAGGACGUACAACGGGUAUGCGCGCUGCUAGACAUACCUUGCCGUUUGGUUGAUUUAUCUCGAGAAUACUGGACACGCGUCUUUGAGCCGUCUCUCAGAACAUGGGAGAUGGGUGCCACACCAAAUCCUGACGUCUGGUGUAAUAAGGAAGUGAAAUUUGGCGCACUGAUUGAUAAUCUUACUCAGGAUCCCGCCUCGUCCAACCCCCCAUGGCUUGCCACAGGUCACUAUGCCCGUAAAGAUUGGAUGCCUUUCGACUCUACCUCACAUUGUCGCCCAAGGUUGCUUCGUGCUCACGAUCUCACUAAGGAUCAAACAUAUUAUUUAUCAUCAAUAUCUGAAGCUGCACUUCUUCAUUCGCUCUUUCCUCUCGGGGAUCUAACGAAGAAAAGUGUCAGAGAGCUAGCACUCAAAUGGAAGUUGCCAACAGCAGCUAGAGAGGAGAGCAUGGGUAUUUGUUUCGUUGGAGAGAAGCGUAAAUUCCACGAGUUCAUAUCGCAAUACAUCCCACCAAAUCCCGGUCCUAUCGUUGAUUUGAACACUGGAGCAGAACUUGGAACUCAUCAAGGUCUGUGGACAUAUACUAUUGGCCAAGGUGCGAAAAUCUGUGGUUUGCCGGAGAAGAUGUUCGUCGCACAAAAGGACGUUGAGAAGAACACGGUUCAUGUUGUUCCUGGGACAGACCACCCAGCACUGUACUGCAGCUCCCUUCUAGUCCAGAAUUGGGCAUGGAUCUGGGCAGAUAGUAUUCCGCAAGCUCUUCGAGAUGGGGCUGGUCUGAAGGCACGUAUGAAAUUUCGACACGUCAUGCCUGACAUUGGAUGUACUGUUCAUCUAUACAGAGAGGGGGGCGGUCACCUCCGUAUAAUAUUCGACGAGCCGCAGAAAGCGAUCUCCCCUGGCCAGAGUGCCACUGUCUGGCUUGAUGACUGGUGCUUAGGAUGCGGUAUCAUCCACAGCACUGCGUAA